AGCAGCGGGAGAGGAACGUCCAGCCCGGGGACCGCGGCGGCUAUUGAGACCCACCGAGGCGCGUCUCCCUUGGCCUCCCGGCGCUCCUAGGCCACAGCUCCUCCACAGCUCGCUAGCUAAUUCGCCUUCCUUCACCGUGACCGGCUGCGCCAUGGCGUUGGCAGCGGCGGCGCUGGCGGCGGUCGAGCCGGCCUGCGGCAGCCGGUACCAACAGUUGCAGAAUGAGGAAGAGCCUGGCGAGCCUGAGCAGACUGGAUGUGAUGCCCCUCCACCAUACAGCAGUCUCUCUGCCGAGAGUGCAGCGUAUUUUGACUACAAAGAUGAGUCUGGGUUUCCAAAGCCCCCCUCUUACAAUGUGGCUACAACACUGCCCAGUUAUGAUGAAGCUGAGAGAACCAAGGCUGAAGCCUCUAUCCCUUUGGUUCCUGGAAGAGAUGAGGAUUUUGUGGGCCGGGAUGAUUUUGAUGAUGCUGACCAGCUGAGGAUAGGCAAUGAUGGGAUUUUCAUGCUAACGUUUUUCAUGGCAUUCCUCUUUAACUGGAUUGGGUUUUUCCUGUCUUUUUGCCUGACCACUUCAGCUGCAGGAAGGUAUGGGGCCAUCUCAGGAUUUGGUCUCUCUCUAAUUAAGUGGAUCCUGAUUGUCAGGUUUUCCACCUAUUUCCCUGGAUAUUUUGAUGGUCAGUACUGGCUCUGGUGGGUGUUUUUGGUGCUAGGCUUUCUCCUGUUUCUCAGAGGAUUCAUCAAUUAUGCAAAAGUUCGGAAGAUGCCAGAAACGUUUUCAAAUCUCCCCAGGACCAGAGUUCUCUUUAUUUAUUAAAGAUGUUUUCUGGCAAAGGCCUUCCUGCGUUUAUGAAUUCUCUCUCAAGAAGCAAGAGAACACCUGCAGGAAGUGAAUCAAGAUACAGAACACAGAGGAGUAAUCACCUGCUUUACAAUAAUAAAUAAAGUACUGUUGAAGAAGAUCAUUUUUCUCUUUUUGUUCCUAGAUGUAAAAUUUUAAUAGUUAAUGCAGAAUUCUGUAAUCAUUGAAUCAUUAGUGGUUAAUGUUUGAAGAGCUCUCGCAAUCAAGUCUGUGACGUAUUAAUAAUGCCUUAUAUAUUGUUUGUAGUAAUUUUAAAUCGCAUGAGCCACGUCCCUAUAGUCAGUAGGGGGCAGUCUUGCUUUAUUCUUUCUCCAUCUCAAAAUGAAUUUGGAAUUAAAUAUUUUAGUGUAAGAUAUGUAUAAUGCUGGUCAUUUUAAAGGGAUUUUCUCAAAAGUUAAAACUUUUGUUAUGACUGCAUUUCUAAUGCACAUAAUACAUAUUUGCUGUUAAAAUUGAUCUAGAAAUUUAUUUAGUUGUACUGUGUGAACACUGAAGCAAAAUCAUAGUGCAAAAUACAUUUAAGGUGUAGUCAAAACAAUGUUCUCAAUUGGUAAAUAAUAAGUGUUCAAUUUUUUUUAGUCUGUAUUCUAAAUUUUGCUGUGCCUAAUUGUUUUGUGGUGUGUAUCUAAGGGAUUCCAAAGGUGUGUCACUAUAUAAAAUAAAAACGACGGGGACACAUGCAAAUUAAUGACUGAAAUGUAAUUCUCAAUACUUUCUGUGUGAAUAGAGUCCCUACCCCUUAUUUUCUUUUUAUCUCAUGAUUAGGCUAGGGGUUGGGAGAGGGGGAAAGAUUAGGUACUAGCAGCAAAGAAAGAAUUGACUUGUGAUUUUUAAGACGAUCCCUAACAGUCUGUACUACUUGCUUUUAUAAUGUGUUAGCAGAAACUUUGAUGCAUUAUAAAUAUAGAAUGAUGUGCUUUCUGCCAAGUGGUAAUUCACCUUGGUUUGCUAUGUUAAAACUGUAAAUACAACAGAAUAAUAAUAAAUGUCUCUUGUGUAGCAA